AUGAGUUAUAAUAAUAUUACGUUGGGUAAUGUCAAUGCCAAUAAUGUUGGUACCUUAGCGAUAAUUGUAAAUUCGACACUUCCAAUAACAUACCCAGAUACCUUUUUCAAUGAAGUGUUGACCUCUGAUAGGGGUACAUUUUAUAGUAAGAUAGCAUAUUUCAAUGAGAUACCAGUAGGAUCAAUUAAAGCUAAAUUGAUUCAAAAUUCUAAAAGUCGUAUUUCAUCCACAGGAAUAUAUAUAGAAUUUAUCACUGUACUUGAACAUUAUCAAAAUAAAGGUAUAGGCAAAAUUUUAUUACAGUAUAUUGAAGAUGAGUGUAAAAGAUCUUAUCAGCAUAGCAUAUACAUCCAUGUAGCUGUUGAUAACACUAACGCUAUUACUUGGUAUGAAAAGAAUGAUUUUAAGAGAGAGGGUGAUAUAUUAAAAGGUUAUUAUAAAGAUACAACAGGUUCACCAGAUGCAUAUAUAUUAAAGAAAAAUGUAUGA